AUGCCGUUUAACUUGGAUGAAUUUCUGCUGAAAUACGCUCCACAUGAAGAAACUGUUUCAUACCUCAGGGCAAAGUAUUCGGGAGACAAAAAAGAGUUCGAGACAGAUGUUGAUGCCGCUAGGCGUAGUGCAGUCGAAACAGCAAGACGGUACGCAGGUGAUACGGGUUUUGAUGGAACAACACAGGAAUUCUCCGUACCGGUUGAUGAUGAACGUGACAUUCAAGACGCAAUCCCAGUGACGGUGUACAAACCGGAUGUCUGUGUUCACCAGGGGGCGCCUCCAUUGCUCGUGUACUUCCACGGAGGCGGCAACGUAACGAAGAGCCGUGCCACACAGGAGACCACAUGCAAGAUGCUUGCAAAGAUGACUCCUUGUAUCGUUGUGAAUGUUGAGUACCGUCGAUCGCCCGAGCACAAGUUUCCCGCCAGCAACGACGACGCCUCGUGCGUCACUCGCUGGGUGCACGAGAACAAAAUUAAGAUCGGAGGAAGUGUUUCCAGCCGUCUUGGAGUAGCUGGCGACAGUAAUGGUGGGAGAAUGGCGGCUGUCGUCUGCCAUGAUUGUCCAUCGAUCGUCCACUUUGCUAUCCUGGUUUAUCCAAAAGUGAGCUACUUGACGGAGUUCCCAUCGAGUAUCGAGUUUCAAGACGGACCACUUCUUCCAAGAAAGCGUUCGGAAUGGUUCUCCCAAAUGACCCUUCGUGAAGAUCAGAAGACGGACCCGCGGGCGUCUGUGGUUCUCAAUUCCGACUUCUCCCGCCUUCCACCAACGCUCUUGGUCAUCGCGGAGCUUGACCCGCUCAGGGACGGCGGAUAUGAGUAUGAACGGAAGCUCCGUGAUGCCGGCGUGCACGUGGAAUUGGAGCUGAUUAAAGGCGUUCCGCACACUUUCUGGAGCCUGCCAGUGGCUUUCAAAGAAAACUGUACCAGAUCAUAUGAAAUAGCUGCCAAGUUCAUCCGGAAAGUUUCAACAAGCCCCUGAUCUUAUUUGCUCGUCUGUAUCUCUUAGAAAAGAAAUCGAUGUGUGUUCAUGGUGUUGUCGUCGCCGGCAUGCAUGAACUUUAACCUUGGACAUUACUCAAAAUUAAUUCCGUUAUACUUUAUGAAUACCGUUGGACAAUUGACUGACAAAACCUCGUUUUAAUGGAAAUGCAUGAGG